UUCACUGAACUCUGUUGCUUUUAUCCUUUUGGCCUCUGAACUCUGAAGCUAGUUUGUUUUCUGAGCAGCUGAACAAUGGCCUCCACCAGCACCCAAUUUCAGGAUGGAGCUUCUCGCUCAUCUGGGUCUAGUUCAUGGAAAUACGACGUCUUCUUGAGCUUCAGAGGCGCAGACACCCGCAGCGGCUUCGUUGACCAUCUCUAUUCGGCUCUGCAUCAGAAGGGCAUUUUCACGUUCAAGGAUGACCUGAAGCUCGAGAGAGGUGAAUCUAUUUCUCCGACGCUCCUGAAAUCCAUCGAAGAGUCGAGGCUUGCCCUCGUUAUUUUCUCCGAGAACUACGCUUCUUCCAAGUGGUGCUUGGAGGAACUCGUUAAGAUUCUCGAGUGCCAGAAGACGAGGGGACUCACCGUUUUGCCGGUUUUCUAUAAAGUAGAUCCCUCCGAUUUACGGAAACAAAGAGGAAGCGUUGGAGAAGCAUUCGCCAGACACGAGCAAGAUUCCGGCGAAGAGAAGGAGAAGCAGAAAGUGCAGAGAUGGAGGGACGCUCUAAUGGAAGUGGCCAAUAUUUCUGGGUGGGAUUCAGAAAAUGGCACAACCCAUGGGCUUGAAGCAAAGCUUGUCCGAGAAAUCGUCAAAGACAUUCUUAGUAAACUGGAAGAUAAGGAUUCGAUCAUUCUUGAUUAUGUUGUUGGAUUAGAUCCUCGUGUAGCAGAAGUGCAAUCACUAUUGGGUGUAGGAUUGGAUGAUUCAUGUAUAGUGGGGAUAUGUGGAAUGGGUGGUAUAGGAAAGACUACGAUUGCCAAGGCUGUUUAUAACCAAAUUUGUUCUCAGUUUGAUGGUAGCAGCUACCUUGCAAAUGUCAGAGAAACUUCAAAGAAACAUGGUUUGGAGUCAUUGCAAGAAUUGCUUCUCUCUGACAUCCUCUUAGACAGUGAUAUAAAAAUAAGAAAUCUUGAUCGAGGGCUUAGUAUGAUAAUGAACAGGGUACGAUACAUGAGGGUUCUUGUAGUCCUCGAUGAUGUGGACCGGCUAAAUCAACUGGAAGCACUUGUUGGCAAGCUUGAUUGGUUUGGUUCAGGAAGCCGGAUUAUAAUAACAACAAGAGACUCUCAUUUACUUGAUAUACUUGAAGUGAAUCAUGUGUAUAAUGUCAAGGAACUAAAUCGUGGAGAAGCUUUAGAGCUAUUUUGUUAUAAAGCAUUUAGAAAAAACCAACCAACACAGGGUUAUGAGAGGCUCACAAACAUUGUAGUUCGUUAUGCUAAAGGAGUUCCAUUAGCUCUCCGAGUUUUGGGCUCUUUUCUCUUUGGCAGAAGCAUAAUUGAAUGGCGAAGUGCAGUUGAUAGAUUAAGGCAACAACCCAAUGCAGAAAUUCAGGACCUGCUCAAAUUAAGCUAUAACGGACUGGACCAUGAAGAGAAGGAAAUUUUUCUUGACAUUGCAUGCUUCUUUAAACGGAACAUCAAAGAUUACGUAAUAGAUACACUGGUUGCUUGUGGUUUCCACGCUGAUAUUGGAAUAAGGGUUCUUGAAGACAAGGCACUUGUAACGAUAACAAACAAUAUGAUAGACAUGCAUGAUCUGAUACAAGAAAUGGGAUGGCAUAUUGUUAACGAAGAAUCCCCAAAAGAGCCCGGUAAAAGGAGCAGGUUGUGGAAGUACGAAGACAUCUACCAUACACUCACCAAAAAAACAGGGACAGAAACAGUGGAGGCCAUAGUUUUGGUUUCUCAUAAAACAAAAGAGAUAUCCUUGAGUCCUGAUGCGUUUUCAAAGAUGAGCAAAUUACGACUGCUCAAGCUUAGUAAUGUUUGGCUUCCUAAUGGUCUCGACUACCUCUCCAAUGAUUUACGCGUUCUUGAUUGGCAUGGAUACCCUUCAAAAUGCCUCCCGUCAAAUUUUCAACCGGACAACCUUGUUACUCUGAAAAUAUCCAAUAGCUGUCUGAAACAACCUUGGAAUGGAAGAAUGUGCUUAGACAAGUUGGAACACGUUGACCUCAGUUAUUCGCGAGGCAUAACCAAGUACCUAGAUUUUACACAAGUAUCAAAUCUUAAGGAAUUGAGUCUUGAAGGUAUGAACUUUGUUGAGAUCGACCCAUCCAUUGGAGCCAUCAAAAGGCUUACAUUCUUAAAUUUGAGGGGCUGCAAAUAUCUUAAGGUUCUUCCUACGGGUUGUUGGCUUAAAUCCCUUAAACAACUUGUUCUUUCUGGUUGCUCAAAACUCAAAAAUGUUUCUGAAGUCUUAGCGUUUACAGAAUGCUUAAUUAAGCUUGAUUUGGAUGCGACUUGUGUAAAGGAACUGCCAGUUGAACAUCUCAGUCCCAGCAAUCUUCAAUUUAUUAGUCUGCGGGAUUGCAAAGAACUUACAAGUCUUCCAAGUGGCAUUUGUGGGUUGAAACUUCUUACAAGUUUGAUUGUUUCUGGCUGCUCAAAACUUGGCAAGUUACCUGAGAACCUAGGAGGAUUGGAGAGAUUGCAGGAGCUUCGUGCUGAUUUUACUGCUAUUAAGCAACCACCAUCCUCGAUUAUACACCUGAAGGAGCUUAGGGUUUUGUCAUUUUUGGGAUGCAAGGGACCAGUAACAUCAACACCAUGGAAUCCACUAUUAUCAUCAUUUCUAAUUCGGAAAGAUCGUCAAGAUCCCAUGGAUUUUGACCUACCUGCUCUAUCAGGCUUACGCUAUUUGGAUUUACUAGAUCUCCGUAACUGCAACUUCUCAGAAGGAUUUCUCCCAAAUGACUUAGGCUCCUUAUCCUGUUUGAGACGAUUAUACCUUAGUGGUAGCAACAUUAUUAGUUUGCCAGCAAGCAUUAAAGGUCUUAAACAGCUUUUCUCUCUUGAAUUGAUGGAUUGCAAGAAGCUUAAAACGUUGCCCUAUCUCCCGAAAAAUAUCUUUUCCAUUAAUGCAAGUGGAUGCACAUCAUUAGAAACAUUGUCAGAUCUGCCUAUAUUGCCUAGAGGGCUUGCGGUGGUCCAUUUAAUGCAUUGUCAUACACUAGUAAAGAAUAAGCCCAACCUCCACCUUGAACUUUUCAGAAAUUAUCUUAAGGGUUUUGUUGGUUUCGAACGCACUAUUGUUGUUCCUGGAAGGGAUAUUCCAAAGUGGUUCAAGUAUCAAAAUAAUAUGGGCCAUUAUGUUCGAAUCCAGCUGAAGUCAGAUUGGUAUCAAAGGCUCGGUGGUUUUUUUGUAUGUGCUGUUUUUGAAGCAAAGGCUCCUUCAAUUGAUGUCGCAGUCUGUCUGGAAUGUUACGGGAUGCGCAAUGAUGUUGCAGUCUAUGCCCAGGUUAUCCGCAUUUGCGACUCUGAUUUUCAGUCAGAUCACUUAUUUCUGGACUACGUGGCCCUUGAAAGUUUUAAGAGGAAGAUGGGGGUUAAUCAUUUGAAAACUUUGACUGAGAUCUUCUUUUAUUUUAGUAGUAAUCGUCCUAAAAUAUUUGCCCCAGUAAAAUGCGCUGUUCAUAUGGUAUAUGAGGAUGAUGAAGAACAACCAGAUCCACGUGCAAGUAUCCAACAAAGUGAUGAUUGUGAUGAGUUCCAAUGGAGGGGCUCCCAGUUUGAGUUAUCAGAAACUUCAAUUCAAAAUGUGCGAGAUUCAACAACUGUGGCGGAUAAAAAUUAUGUUUUUAGAUCCUUUCUUGUAGGUAGACAUUCAUUCUUGCUCCGGUGGACUGAUGGGAGGUUGAAAUCCACGACAUAUUUUUUAUAAUAUGUCAUCUCUCUAAUUUUUAUAAUAUUUUUUAUUUCUAAAUUACUAUUAAAACAA